AUGAUUGUUUGUGUUUUGACCGAAGAGGUGGAAUGUCAGUGCCUGUGGGACUGUUUGCUGUUGGGUGUGCCUUGUUGUCAUAACAGAAAUGUAGGGUUGUCCCAGAGCAACCCAUAAACAUAAGAACAAAACAUGUUAAAAAGCUUUUUUUUCCAAUUCUGCUGAAAUGAACCACAUUGCCAAUAGAUUAUUAAUUCAGGCCAAUGUUAUUUCUUUGGUGCUGUUGUUUGCUGUUACGAAAUCAUGUAAAGAAAAGGGAAGGUUAGCAUUACCUCUGUUUUUUGUAUCCUUAUAUAAUUGUAAGGAGUUUUUCAGUGUUACAUUUGUAUCAAAUAGAGCCUUAAUUAUGUUUGUACUGUACAAGUUUCAAGAUCACUAAUUAUUUUUAUAUAUUUAUUUUAAGUAUUUUACACUUAUUAAGAGAACAUUUAUUACUGUGUACCAAAUAAAACUUUUUAUAAUAUUUAUGACAAGUUUAGCACUGUCUUGUUUUCAGAAAGUCCCACAUUUUCUUAAUAUUUCUAGAACCCAUAAAGAUAUGUGAGUAUGUUUGCUUUGUGCGUGUCUUUAGCUUUAAAUGCAUUCAGGUGAGCCUCAUCAAGAUCAGCACGAUACUGAUCAGUGAGCCCACAUCAGCAGGGUAAUUUUGAGCGGGUGUGAUAAAAAAGCUUUGUGUGGCACAUAAGCACAAGUUCAUUAGUCCUUGAAGCAUGUCUCUUCAAUACUAUCUGAGACUGCCAUUGGUUUGUGUGAUUCUCUCUGUUGUGGGAUGUAUUCCUGAACUCUCAGUAGGAGACAUCACGGAAAAUGAUCCAAAGAUCAAAGAACAGUCGUUGGAAAGUUUCAGAAGUGUUAAUCCAGCCAUCCAAAACCCAGUAAAACGCACUCUUCAAAGGAACGUAGAACAAUUUAACAACCAAUAUCCACUGCCGAGGUUCAACUCCUCUCUAUUCAGCCGGAGAAAUGAUGGCAAUGCCAAAAAGCCAAGCUUCAGUCCCACCGAGGCAAGAGCCUCUGCAGAUGUUGCCUAUUACCGUUCAGUCCCAAAUACCUCAUCCAAUGUCAAUAGUAGACAUAAUCAUGUUCAAUUGUCAAGCGUCAAAUUUGAUGGUGGAAUUGAUGCCAAAAGAAGCUAUGCUUUCCAAACAGUCCAACGGGAACAAAAUCCUUCAUACUUCACCGGGAGCCAAAGGAGCUCAAGUGAUAUUAAUCUGAUGAGGAAAGGUCUGAGGAAUGAAAUGCGUGCAGCAAAUGAUUAUAGAUCUGGGUCAUUUGACUAUCAGCAUAUUUCAAAAUCUAAAUCAGUAAUGUAUUCAGGCAGUUCAAGACCAUUAGGACUCAAUGAACCCUAUUUGAGGGGAAAUAUUUCUUCCCUGCCGAUCAUCAGACCAGCACAUGCUAAAAAAAUUCCAGCUAAUUACAUGUCUGAAAGCUCAACUGUGAAGCACGACAUGAGGCACAGAAGUGAUGGAAACGUUAACUUGCUUCAACACAAUGGGCACAAUCAAAAAUUGGUACCAUCAAGUCCGUCUCUCUCGAUUGUAAGAGCAAAUCCGCAAGCGAGCAAAUCAUUGCCACGUGACUUUUAUGCUGGUGCCGAAUCCACUUCCUAUGAGAAUAUGAGGGAUGUAUCUCUUUCCAAGGUGUUCAAACCUCCAGCUGUUCAAACCCCAAUAACUCCUGUGAUUAAGAUGUCAAAUUCAAAUAGAGGUCGAAGCAUCCUUCCCUUAACAAAAGCUCAGAUGUUUUCUUCUCAACAUGAUCAGGUCAAGCAGUCCAACUCUGAAAGGGUCGCCAGCCGAAAAGAAAGUCCACCAAGUAGCUUUGAAUAUGGAAAUACAAAAUCGGCCAUGAGCAGAUACACUUUCCAGGACAUUCAAUUGACGCAGACACAAAAUGCGUACCAAAAUCGGGGACAAAGUAGUCCGAGUUCUACACCCAUUCAAAUGUUUCACAGUCAAAACAAGUAUGAUAAUUUGGCCACAGUUAUGUCUGCCAUCAGGCCUUCGGAGGCCAAUGGUGCCCGCUCUUCCAAAGAGUCUUUAUUAGAUGUAAAAAGUGGCAUCCGAAGUCCUGCACUGUCCAAACAGUCGAAACAGGGCACAUAUUUGACCCCACGAAUGCACUUUGCAAAGAACACCUUGCUUUCAGAACAUGCCGUACAUUUGAAGCUACCAGACUCAACAUAUAAUUCAUUAAAGAAGCCAAGUACGCAUAAUGCACGAAACAGGACCAAUCUGAAUCCCUUCGGCCAAAGUACAGUACAAUCAUUCGUCACUAAAAAUUAUCCAGUGCCAAGUCUUGCGCCGGGCUACACAAUGAAGAACGUCCACGGCGUAAGUACAUUUGUGUCUGGUCCUCAAAGCACUUCUGAAUAUUCAGGUAUGUCUACAAGCCGAACCCGAACAUAUUAUCUGACUUCUAAAAAGCCGUUUGCUUUUAGAGGUUUCAUGUUCAGCCCUACGUUGAAUACAUCACAAAAAACAGAAAUCCAAAAAUCUUUCAUAAACUAUUUAUCUAAUGUGCAACGUGCCCCUGCUCAUCCUCGUAACGCCCUUAGUGCACUUGCUCAAAAACCCUUGACGCCUAAUAGCUAUGACAAAAAAACACUUUUCAAGAUCAAGGACAUUGAAGAAAGCCAAGAAAAACAACCUGAUUCUUUUGAUAACGAACCUCAGCGUGAAACCGUCUCUUCAACUGAAGCUGCAAGUAACGCUGACGCUUCAAAGCCCCAUUCUGUUCGAGGUCAAGCUUUAGUGAAGGAAGUAAUCGGCACAAAUACUUCAGCGGGUCUUGGCACAACAAUGGAACAUCCUAAAAUGGCGUCUGAUGGAUCCAAAUUGGAUGAAGUCCAGUCAGAAACAUCUCAGAAUUGGAUUUCAAGCAGGUUUACUACAGCACAGAACACUCAAGCUCCGACUGAAUCUAACCAAGGUGAAAUACCAACAGUGAGAUCCUCAAACGGUGUGUUUGUUGGACCCAACACUGACUCGGCAUCCAUGAAAUCUAGCAACGUUCAUUGGGAUCCCACAUCAGAGCCUGUUCUUCCGAUCCUCAAGUCUUCUCUUAUAAAAAUGACUGGAUCUCCUCAAAUGGGCAAUGUUGUUAUCCAGCCACUUCACUGGUUUAACCUCAAGGAACAUGAAGGUCUGGUAAAUCCAACAAGGGAAGUUACGAACUCAGUUGGUGUAGCACAAACAAAUAAUAGUGAAUUGAGCCCAAGGAGUAGCGUCGUGACUGGUAGGCAGGUUGAAGUGACUCAAGAAGAAAAUUCAAAUGCAAUCCCAUCCUCUCAAUCUGUAAUAUAUAGACCUGGCAACAUUAGUAGUCAUAAAACAAACAGCUCGUCGAUUAUAUACAGACCUGCAAACAAACAUAGCAGUAAAGCUAACAUCAAACAUGCUAAUUUAACUUCAGUCUGGACGAAUGAAACAACUCCAACCUCAAAAUUGGACAUUGACCUCAGUGCUGUCGGUGUGUCCCAGGCAUCAAGUCCCACAAGCAGCUUUGUUGUCGGAAGGUACGUUAAUCCAUUUAAUAAAGCCUCAACCAAAACAAACCUCAACAUGUCUUCAACAAAAACAGGACUUAGCAAUUAUAAACCAGUCCAGUUUUCAGAUAUAGCAGGUAGCGCCUUCUUCACAAAACCACGUUCUGUCGUCAGCAAGGCAAAGGAAGUCGAUCUCGUAAGUGAUCAAAUCGCCUCUAAUUCAACCCAAUUGAUGGAAGAAAUCUUUAAAGAGUUGCUUUUAGACACAACAAUAAGCGAUUCCUAUGUGACAUUUGCCUUACAAAAUGAAACUGAUGAAAGUGAUUUGGAUUUAAGUGGACCUGAGCUUAUGACAACAGCUGCUAUGGACAUCACCACACGAUCUCAGCUUCCUAUAGACAUCACCACACGGUCUCAGCGUUCAUUUACAGAAGACUAUACUCUACCUCAACCAACUGUCUAUUCGUCUGAGCCACCGCUGGAUCAUACUACAUCUACAGCAGAGUUUACUGAUCCAUUUUAUGAGGGAAAAUUGAUUGCCAAUACCACUUUGUUGGUCGCGAUUACCUCAGGAUGAGAUCUGCCUCGUGCAUUAUUUACUUCAAUGGUGGCCGUCAUCGACACCAAAAGACUGAAAUGUUUCUCUUUUCUGUAGGUAGAUGGCGCCAGAUCCGUCAUCAAAUUCAUUUGCAUUAAAUUUGUGAGUUCUGA